ACGUCACGUAUACGACGCACGUUGACUAGGUUGUGUUGUGUAGCAAUUAGCUAGCAGAGAAAAGCAGCGGAGUUUACACAUCUUACACAUGGCGAACGGAUGCAAAGACGUGUUGUUUGCACGGGGAACUGGGCAGAGUGACGAUUCAGACAUAUGGGAUGACACGGCGUUGGUAAAGGCUUAUGACAAGGCAGUUGCGUCAUUCAAGACUGCUCUGAAGGGCGAAGACGAGCCACAGGCCUCCAAGAAAAACCAACCAGGAAAAAAACGCAAAAGCAUCAAAAAGAACCAGAGCAGGAAAAGAACAAACGCACCACCAGAUAAAGAGUGGCAGGUUGGGGACUCGUGCUGUGCAUACUGGUCUGAAGAUGGCCAGCUCUAUGCUGCCACCGUCACCUCCGUAGACGAGAAGAGAGGCACUUGCGUAGUUGUUUUUACAGGGUACGGUAACGAGGAGGAGCAGAACCUUGAAGACUUGCUUUCAGAGAUAUGUGAGGGGGACGAGGAAUCGAAUACUAAGGUGAAUGAGGUGGAAUCAUCGACCGAGGAGAGUGACAGGUCGUCCAAAUCAAAUCAAAACAAAAAACAACCCCACAGUAGACCCCAGAAGCCAAAGACCCACAAAGAAGCUCCUCCUGUGUUGCCUCCUGGUUUUCCUGGGUUUCCUCCAGGCCCACCUCCCAUGCAUGCUUUCAGACAGGGGGGAAACAGACAAACUGGUGGACACGGGCCUGUACCUCCUUCCUGGCCUCCCAUGAUGCCGUUUGGUCCACCGAUGAUCCCUCCUCCUCCACCGAUGAGCCCUGACCUGGUGGAUGACGAGGCCUUGGGCAGCGUGCUCAUUUCCUGGUACAUGAGUGGAUAUCACACAGGAUACUACCUGGGGUUGAAGCAAGGGCGGAAAGAAGCUGCCAAUUGGACAAAACUGCACCACAAAUGAAAUGAUCAACUGAAGAUAUCAUGGUUCCUGUCACUGGAGCUGCAGUGAUCCUCUCUGUCGUGCCUGAUGUGUGUCCUCCUUGUUUCUAAAUGUAUUGUAAAACAUUUAUUAGAGCUCGAUGAGGAUCAUUUUGUAUUCUUUUGUAAAUAGAUUAAAUAAAGUAAUUCAGAGCACA